CCAACACCAACAGCUCUUCCAAAAUAAUUCAAAUAAGGAAAUCUAUAGGGCAAGUUGGUAUUACUGCUCAUGCGCAAAAAACAUAAAUUACCCAGAGUUCUUUACGUCAACGGGAUUGUCAGGGUUCCUCAGGAUUUUAUUUUCUUAAAAUUUUCAUACUGAAAGUGAAAAUACGUCGAAUAUUCCGCAAAAUUAGAAGUUGCCAGCAACACUAGUUUAAAAUGCCGAAGAAUAAAGGUAAAGGAGGUAAGAAUCGUAGGAGAGGUAAAAAUGAGAACGAAACUGAGAAACGUGAGUUGGUGUUCAAGGAAGAUGGCCAGGAGUACGCCCAAGUAACCAAAAUGCUGGGAAAUGGUCGAUUAGAAGCUAUGUGCUUUGAUGGAGUGAAGAGGUUAUGUCACAUCAGAGGAAAACUCAGAAAAAAGGUGUGGAUAAACCAAGGCGACAUAAUCCUCAUAGGUCUCCGAGACUACCAAAACGCCAAAGCGGACGUAAUUCUGAAAUAUACGCCGGACGAGGCGCGUAACUUAAAAACGUACGGCGAGUUCCCCGAAUCGGUCCGUAUCAAUGAAACGGUCACGUUCGUGGAGGAAGGCUUCGACGAGGAUAUCGAGUUCGGCGAUGACAUUAGUUCGGCGGAUGAAGCUGAUCCCGUCGACGGCAUCUGAUCCAACCGUAACCUACAGGAUGAUAUGUAAUUUAUAGAUGUAUGCAUACUUAUAGUUGUUUUAGGAAUUUUUUAAUUGAAUCUGCAUCACCACCGCGUCGCGUCUCAUCGCCGCCACCGUACCAGGGAUAAGGUAUACCAAUCGAUGCCUUUGAAGUUUAUCGGUCGCCUUUAAUGACCUUCGCCGUUCAACUGCAGUGACAUUGCAUUGCUGACUGUCUAUUUUACAUUUCACAUAAGAAACAGGGCGAACAGUCAAAACGAGGCAGUUUUAGGUGCCCCACUUGAGCUACAGGGUGUCGAGUAGAAAGCUUUUCUGAGCUUUGUGCGCAUUAGAACAUUUGAUCGGCACAUUAUAAACUAACAAUGUACGAAUUUUCAUCAAAUUCCGUAUGCUUUGUACCUGGUACUUUGCGCAAGAUGGAAGGAGUGUUGCAUCACCAGCAAAAUCACGCAACAUUCAUGAUACGCUAUACCAUUGUACAAUUGUAUUAUAUGGUAUAGUCGGCAAAUACUUCUGCUCCUUAAUGAACAAAACAUGUUCACUGGUUUUUUAGUGGUUUCAUACUAAUCUGCUCUAUCAGAAAUGAGACAAAAUCAGUUUUCAUCCUGCAGCAAAAAGAUAAGCACCCCGCGAUAGAAAAUGGUUGAAAUAUAGAAUAUAUGGCUAUGCUGUACGAAUGUAUAAUAAUAACUCUAUAACUUGAAAUAUAUAACAAGCUAUCAGUGUUUGAUUUUAUGCUGACCUCAUUUGGAUACAAUGAUUUUCAUACUGUACAUUUUUUGGUAUUUAAUUUUACAACUUAUAUAGUCUUUACCUAAAUUGAUUUAUAUCAUUCAGAUGGGCAAAAACAAAUUAAAAACUAUGUGACAAAGAAAAAUUGUAUAUUUUUUUAUAAAUGCCCUCAUUGAGAUUUCCAUGCAUUUUGUAUUUCAGCCAUUACCUCAAAAGCUACAUCUUUAUCAUUCUAUGUAAAAUGUUUCUUAAAUAAAGUAAUAAUUGGUACACAUUAAAAGUUCUUAAAAUAUCGUCCUUUGUUUCCCUAAUGGGUGAUAAUUCAUUAACAGUAGCUAUCUGUUACUUUAUAUAGUUGUGCUAUAAAUAUUGAUGAGAUAUAUAAUAUGAAAUAAGCGAUUUACCUCUUCUAGGAUUUUUCGUGAUGAUUCUACAAUGGAUGUAGAAAUGUAUUGUUGUAUAUCAUUAUAUUUUGUAUGCUAGGCAAUUCUGUUUUUAUUUUCGGUUUUUUAUCGUUUAAAAAGAAACUUAACAAGAGGAAUAAACAAAUAAAAUUGUGAUAUGGAUCUUCAUGAGUGUUUCAUUUGCAAGUGUGACAUGGUUGUUCUGUUUACACCAACCAACAAAUUCAGACUAGGUAGAAGGAGCAAGGUGAUGUAAGUCCCUCAGUCAUUAUCUUUUUUUAUACCGUAGCAGCCGCGCAGGCAGUAGCCCAAAUACCGGGAUACCGCGGCUGCUAUGAUGAUCCCAAAGGAAUUUUGUUAAUCCGAUUUUUGAACUGCCUAAGGUUAUUAGAACUGGGAAAAGCUUCCUCUUGUAGAUUGUUCCACACUCUUGACACCCUCAGGACAAAGGAUCAGUCGUAUCGGCUAGUUCUGGAUGUAUGGAGUUCGAAACGGGUAGGAUGAGCGGCCAACGUCAGGCGGGUCUGUCUGGCUGGCACAUCGCUCGCCGGCGUCAUGGAAGAGAGCUCUGAGGAGCAACGACCGUUGGUGUAGCAGUAGAAGAGAGCUAGAUCGCCAACGGC